AUGGGUUCUCAAGUUGACGACAGAGACUUCACGGCUCUGUUGCCUGAGCUGACACUGGAGGAGAAGAUUACCCUUCUCUCCGGCCGAGACUUCUCCACAGCAGCAGGCGUUGCCCGAUUGAACAUCCCUCCCAUCAGAGUAGCAGACUCAAUCGCCGGAGUGCGCCCCUCGGGGCUCACAGCCGACCUCACCACAGCAUGCUUCCCCAACACAGCCUGCCUCGGAUCGACCUGGGAUGCCGAACUCCUCGGACGCCUGGGCCAGCUCCUCGCGCACCAAGGGCGCGAGAAGAGCGCGCAGGUCGUUCUGGGCCCGACAAUCAACAUCCACCGCGACCCCCGCGCCGGACGCAAUUUUGAGUGCUUCAGCGAGGACCCGUUGCUUUCCGGGCAGCUGGCGGGCGCGAUCGUCAACGGUAUCCAGAGUCAGGGCCUCGGGGCCUGUCCCAAGCACUUUGUCUGCAACGACUCGGAGACCCUUAGACACUUUUACGAUGUUGCGGCGUCGCCGAAUAGCCGGCCGCUGAGGGAGAUUUACAUUGCUGCAUGGCAGCAUUUGCUGAGGACUUCUAACCCGACUGGUGUCAUGACUGCAUACAACAAGGUCGACGGCACAUUCUGCAGCGAACACGGUCCCCUCAUCGAAGGCGUGCUGAGAAAAGAAUGGGGUUUCGAGGGCAUCGUCAUGUCGGAUUGGUUCGCCGUCCACAACGUAGUCGAGCCCGUCAAGGCCGGUCUCGAUCUCGAGAUGCCGUUCCCCAUCUUCCGGGGCAAGAGGCUGGCCGAAGCCGUGCGAGCAGGGCAGAUAACCGAGGCGGAGAUCGACGCCAGGGCACUCAAGAUGCUGGAGCUCCGGAAUCGCACGCGGACCAGCUUCAGCGACGAGCCUGAGAGGUCCGAGAUCAAUGAGGAGACGAACAGAUUCUCGAGGGAGCUUGCGGCGAGUGGCAUCAUCCUCCUGAAGAACGACAACGAGGCUCUGCCCAUCAGUCCCGCGGACAAGCCCAAGAUUGCUCUUAUUGGGGAGUUUGCUGGGUCUCCCGUCGUGACUGGCGGUGGGAGUGCCUCCUGCACGCCUCAGUAUAGACAUUCGCCGUUCAAGGUCUUGAAGGAGGCCUUCCCCGGUGAUGAAAGCGUCCGGUACCACGCUGGUGUUAGAACACGGAGGGUCAUCCCUGUCGCACCGACCGCGCAGCUCACAUCGCAGGACGGACGCCAUGGGAUCGACGUCAAGUACUUUAACGACGACACCCCGGAGCCGAUUCUCUCCGAAUUCCAAGAGAAGGCCAAUGUCUGGAUGCUGGGCGAGUUCAAGGCGGGCCUCAAGGUCCCGGGCUCACGCAUCGAGCUCGUGACCAAACUGACGCCCCCGACGACGGGAGAGCACACCCUCGCGGUGCAGGCUACGGGAGAAUUUUCCCUCGUCGUUGACGGAAAGGAGAUCCUCUCUGGUCCCCAAAAAGAGAUCGCCACGGAGCAGUUCAUCUUCAACCACGUCAAGCUCGAGACGCGCGUGCAGCUGCAGAUGAACGCCGGCCAGGCCUACGAGAUAAAACUCACGAACAAGUCGUGGGGCCACCUCGUCAAGGGCGAGCCGACCCCCUAUGCAGCAGCCCUCUGCUUCGAAGAGCACCGCUCCGACGAGGCCGCCAUCGCGGAAGCCGUCGAGCUCGCCAAGACGUCGGACGUGAGCAUCAUCUACGCCGGCCGCAACGAGCAGUACGAGUCGGAGGGCUACGACCUGGAAGACAUCCGGAUCCCGGAGAACCAGGCGGCGCUGAUCAAGGCCGUGGCCGCCGCGUCCAAGAAGACGGUCCUGGUGCUGCACUGCGGCAACCCCAUCGACGUUGGCGCCGUCGUGGACGACGUGGACGCGGUGCUCAACGCCCAUUUUCCCGGCCAGGAGGGCGCACAGGCGACGGCGGACAUCCUCACCGGCGCGACGAACCCUAGCGGACGCCUCGCGACGACUUGGUUCAAGACAAUAGAGGACGCGCCGAGCUUUGGUGACUUCCCCGCCACCAAGGGGGACGACGGCAGCAUCAAGUUUCGCUACGCCGAGGGUCUGGGGAUGGGAUACCGCCACGCGGAGGCGGCACAGCGCUCGCGUUGGGCGUUUGGAUUCGGGUUGUCGUACACCUCUUUCGCAUACUCUGACUUGAAGACAAGUGUGGAGGGGGCGGAUGAUGAGACGAAGCUCCGGGUCUCCGUAAAGGUGGCCAACACGGGGUCCCGCGUAGGCAAGGAGGUCGUGCAGCUCUAUGUCAACCCGGCAAAAGAGACGCCAGCCUCCGUCUGGAGGCCAGAGCGCGAGCUCAAGGCGUUCAAGAAGGUUCUCGUGCAGCCUGGGGAGUCGGCGGUGGUCGAGUUGGAGAUCGAUGCCAAGGUAGCGUGCAGUUACUGGGACGAAGGGGAGAAGGCCUGGAGGCUGGAACGGGGGACGUAUGGCGUCCGGGUCGGAGAUCUCCAGGGCGAGUUCUCGAUCAGCGCGGGGACGGUUUGGGGCGGGCUAUGA